UUUAUUACACAAACUGGUGACUGCAUGGGAACUGGCCGUGGAAGGGAAUCCAUAUUUUGUCAGCUGUAUGGUGAUCAAGCCAUUUUUGAGGCAAGAAAGGUGCCCAGAAUCAAGCACAAGAAGAAGGGAACUGUGUCAAUGGUGAACAAUGACAGGGAUCAGCAUGGAUCACAGUUCCUCAUUAUCACAGGAGAAAACCUGGAUUACCUUGGUGGUGUACAUACAGUAUUUGGAGAAGUGGCAGAAGGCAUGGAUGUACUGAAGACAAUUAAUGAAACCUUUGCAGAUAAGGAUUUUAUCCCAUAUCAAGAUAUCAGGAUAAAUCAUACAGCAAUUUUAGAUGAUCCCUUUGAUGAUCCAUCUGCCUUGUGUGUUCCUUAUCACUUACCAGAACCUACAAAGUAACAGCUCAACAGUGGCAGAAUAGGAGCAGAUGAAGAAAUUGAUGACAUGAAAGGAUGGUCUGCAGAUGAAAUAGAAGAAGUUCAGGCAGAAAAAGAAGCAAAAAUUUGUGUCAUUCUUCUAGAAAUGGGAGACUUACCAGAGGCAGACAUCAAACCACCAGAAAAUGUGCUGUUUGUUCGUAAACUGAAUCCUGUGACCACAGGUGAAGACCUGCAGAUAAUACUUUCAUGAUAUGGUUCCAUUAAAAGUUGUGAAGACUAGUCUGGUGAAUCUUUUUGCUAUACUUUCACUGAGUUUGAAAAAGAGGAAGAUUGUGAGAAAGCCUACCUCAAAAUAGUCAAUGUACUGGUAGAUGACAGAUGGAUAUAUGUGGAUUUUAGCCAGUCUGUUGCAAAGAUUAAAUGGAAGGGAAAAGUGGAUGGAAGGACAUGUACCAAGGAAGAUUUCAAGGACUAUGAGAAGGAAUGUGACAAACUUUCAAAAUUUGCUCUGAAAGAAAAGGUAAAACCAAAGCAAGAUGCCAAAUAUGACCUUGUGCUGGAUGAGGAUGUAGAAGAGUCUCACACAAGUCAGUCGCACUUGGCUAAAAAACAGAAGAAAAAGCACCACCACUCUGAAGAUGAUGACAAGAGAACCAAAAAAUCUAGGGAUUCUGACCAAAACCAUGAAGAAUGCUGUAGGGAGAGAACCAAGGAUGAGAAGAAAGAACAGAGCCGUAGCCAUUCUCAGGAGAGAGAUUACACUGCAAACAAAAAGAUAAGUACAGAUGAAGGACAAGGAAAAGACAGAGAGGAGCUAAAAUAAUAAAUUUAACUUUCUUUCAUAAUUCUUUUACCUGUCUAUGGCACCCAAGUUUAUGAUUCACAAUCAAGAGAUGUUACCGUGUCUUUGCAAAAUCUACAAAGUUUAUUCUGAAUUCACUACUGCUCUUUAAAUGUCUGAUUUUCUGCUGCAAUACAUAAAGCCCAUUUCCUUCAACAUGUGCCAUAUAAAAGAUGGAGGAAAACCAUAAAUAAUAAAACUACAGCUCUGUUUUUUAUCUUGCUCUGUAAAAGCAAAAUGUGUUAGCAAGAACUAAUCCUCCAGUCUGCUGCUCCUGCUCUCUUUUAUCUAGUUUUUUGUUUAGGUUUUGUUGAAAUCAACACCUUCUAUCAGGGUAAGAAUUGCUGUUUCAUUUGUUUGCUCAUUAGGAACAAGAAAGUGCAUAUUCCAGAAAGGCUUGAUGUACAGAUGAAGCUGUCAAGAGCAAUGUGAAUUCUAACAGAGUCGUUUCUCAAAUGUGAUAAUUACUGUUUAUUUUAUAGGCUUACACAUGACAUCCCAUUAUUAAAGUAACUCCCACUUCAGCUUUUAUUAUUA